GUCUUCAACAAAUUAGUGACAAACUUAUAAUUAUGUUGUGCAAGCAGAUUGACUUGUUUAGAUCGUCAGCAUGGCAACAGAGCUGUGAAAAGUAACGCCUAAAAAUACCUUUAGUUACCAAAAAAGGAAUCAAUCAUGAUUCAAGUGGCAUCAAGGGUCACCAGGGACACAGAGGUGAUGUCCUCGUUCCUUUUUAUGGCCGAAGGUGGAGAGGAUAAGGACACCAAGGAACAGGCAUCACACGCUCAUGCCCCACCCCCGCCAAAAGAGCCUCCUAUCACCUCAGGACCGGCUCCACCUGGAGGUUCGCACGGUGUUUGGCAACUAAGCAAAGAGCUUAAGCUGAAGUCAAACAAAGCAAAGAAAAUGGGCAGGACCCGCUACGAAGAAUGUUACACUGACAAAGAUAGGGCUGCAGCAGUCAACAUGGGCUCGAGAGAUAUUAAGCAGUCUCUGAAAAUGAAAAGGAAACAAGAGAAAAGCAAAGCUCUCCAGCUACCAGAGGAGACCGAACCAGGCGCACUGCUUGCACUUGCUGGAUAUGAAAUGACUGCAAAAAGAACCGACAUUGCUCUUUCUUUUAUCAACAAGGCUUUGGAUUUGAACCCAGAAGAUAAACAGGCUCUAGUAGCAAGAAGCAAAUGUUACCUUCUACUUGGCGAAGCAAGAAAAGCUCUUCAAGAUGCUGAAGCUGCACUUUCAAUCGAUGCUUCAUUUAUUAAAGCCUUAUUCCAAAAAGCGGAGGCUUUGUACUAUUUGGGUAACUUUGAACACAGUCUUAUGUACUUUCACAGAGGACUUAGACUCAGGCCAGAUAUGGAGGGUUUCAGACUUGGUGUUCAAAAAGCUCAAGAAGCCAUUGAAAAUAUUAUUGGAAGUAGAACUACAGGAUUACUGGCUUCAACGGAGCAAAUUACAAAUAUGCUGAAAGGUUACAAAACGGUCGAGGAACUUUAUAAAACUGCCGUAUUAGACUUGGGCAAGCCAACAACAGAGAUCACUAAAGGAAAAAGUCAAAAUAGCAUUCAGGGAGGGCUCAAACUCAAGAAAAAGAACGUCGGGUUGAAAAAAGCUGAGAAGCACCUCCUAGGAGAGCUUUAUGCUGAUAAAGUUUAUUUAGAAGAGUUACUCACAAAGAAACUAGAUGUGAUAUCAAUAAAUCAAGAUUUUGCUAAUAAUGAUGUUGCGCUUCAUGCCAAAGAAGGAAUCGAUUUUCUAACCACACGACAAGAUUUCUGGCGUCAACAGAAGCCAAAGACAUCAGCCCCAAUAAAGUUCAAGAAUGGCGAAUCCAAGAUUAGAUAAUUGAAACAGCUUGAUUCAAAUUAAUUGUAAAAUGUGAUAGUUUAAUAAUAAUAACAGCACACUAAAUGAAAAUGGUAAAACUGCUAUAUUUAUUGUAAAAUUUUCUCACAAUAAACAAAAACAAGGUACAAUGUAAAUGUAAUUAAAACUAA